UUAAUUCGUCAUUUCUUGAUUCUAUAUAUUAUUACUUCUUAUUAGAUGUAAUGUUACAAAUUACAAUACUCUUGUGAGUUGUGAAUUGUCAAAAAGAAGCAUUACAUUGAUUGGUCAAUUUGUUGACAAAAAUUACCACAUUGGUCUAUUCGCAAUUUGGUAUAGCCAUUAUAAUUUCUUAAAAAAUACGAAAACUGUAAGACAAUAGUGGCUGUUCAAACUUCAAACUUCAAAUCACAGUUCAAAUGCAUUAUGCAGUGUUGAUUACUGUCAUUAGUUAGUUCUUUAGCUAAGUUAAACAUAUAACGCGAAUAGAGCUGAAAACGAUAUACAAAUUUAAAAACUAAGUUUUGCUAGAGAAACCCAGGCCCCAGACGUUAACAUGACUCUCAAUUUGCAAGGGGUACGACAAUACUUAAGUGAAUUAAGGAAUUCUGGCGGCUUGCACAAAGAUCAAGCCGAGAAAUACCGGAAUGUUUUAUUAGAAAUAAUAAAAAAUAAUGAUAAUGAACUUGCGGAAAGCCUAAAAGCCUUUAUAGAAGCGAUUGUAAAUGAGAAUGUAAGUCUGGUAAUAUCCCGGCAACUUCUCACAGAUGUCAGCACUCAUUUAUCCUUACUACCUGAUCCUAUCUCGCAAGAAGUUUCUCAUUACAGUUUAGAUGUUAUCCAGCCUAGAGUUAUUUCUUUUGAAGAACAGGUUGCUAGUAUUAGACAGCAUUUGGCAGACAUAUAUGAGCGUAAUCAAAACUGGAAGGAAGCUGCAAAUGUACUGGUUGGCAUUCCUUUAGAGACUGGUCAAAAACAGUACUCUGUUGACUACAAACUAGAGACAUAUUUGAAGAUUGCCCGACUUUACUUAGAAGUUGAUGACCCCAUGCAGGCUGAGGCAUAUGUUAACCGAGCAUCGUUGCUACAGGCUGAAACCACUAAUGAACAAUUGCAGAUUUAUUAUAAAGUAUGUUAUGCUCGGGUACUGGAUUAUAGACGAAAAUUUAUCGAAGCAGCACAGAGAUACAAUGAAUUAUCAUACCGUAAUAUCAUCCAUGAAGAUGAGAGAAUGACUUGCCUUAGAAAUGCACUGAUUUGUACAGUUUUGGCUUCGGCAGGUCAGCAAAGGUCACGAAUGUUGGCGACACUAUUCAAGGAUGAGCGGUGUCAACAAUUGCCAGCAUUCUCCAUACUUGAGAAAAUGUAUCUUGACCGAAUUAUCCGGAGAUCUGAAUUACAUGAGUUUGAAGCCCUAAUGCAAACUCAUCAAAAGGCCACAACCCCAGAUGGAUCUUCUAUCUUGGAUCGAGCAGUAUUUGAGCAUAACCUGCUAUCUGCAAGCAAACUAUACAAUAAUAUAACCUUUGAAGAAUUGGGGGCUUUAUUGGAGACUCCGCCCUCGAGAGCGGAACGCAUUGCGAGUCAGAUGAUCAGUGAGAAAAGGAUGAAUGGACAUAUUGAUCAAAUUAACUCCAUUGUUCAUUUUGAAACUCGUGAUAUAUUACCUCAAUGGGAUAAACAAAUUCAAAGUCUUUGCUACCAAGUUAACAGUCUUAUUGAAAAGAUCGCAGCCGCUGAACCAGAAUGGAUGGCGAAGCUCAUGGAAGAAGAAAUGAUACAAUAGAUUGUUUUUUUAAAUUAAAUUCUAUUUAUAAAAAU